AUGACGGGAGGCGUUGUCGUGAUAUUGGGCGCCACCGGCAGGAACUUCGCCGCCGGUAUGUCCGGCGGAAUCGCUUACGUCUACGACUUUGACGGGAGGUUUGCCUCGAAGUGCAAUCCAGAAAUGGUUGAUCUCUUGCCACUAGAACUGGAGGAAGACAUCACUCUCUUCAAGGAUUUACUCAAAGAGUUCAAUGAGAAGACCGGUUCAGAAGUGGCCGCAGAUAUACUCAACAACUUCGAGACAUUGAGGCAGAAGAUUGUCAAAGUGUUCCCUCAGGAGUAUCAAAGAGCUCUCAAACAAAUGGCGGAACAANCCACUCACGAGAAGCACUACCAGCCCUUCGCGGCAAAGGAUGUCUAUAUCUAUAAGUUUGAGGACACCAUCGAGUUAUUGCAUUCACUGCAGAGGCCGAAGAAGAUUGCGAUCGUGGGAUCGGAUGGCAAGAGGUAUACCAUUCUCUGCAAACCCAACGACGAUUUACGCAAAGACUACUGUUUCCUCGAGUUCUGCAAUCUGUUGAACCGGUGCUUCAAACGAGACUCGGAGGCCCGGCGCCGGCAGCUGCGCGUCAACACCUAUCUCGUGGUCUCCCUGUCCGACACGUGCGGACUCAUCGAAUGGAUACCCGGUUUAACCCCAUUCCGGACGCUCGUGGAGGGCCAGUACGGUCUGGUCAUGAAUUACGAGGCCAUCAAGAAGGACGUGACCCUCAACUACCCGCCCCACACCCUCCCCAAGACUGAGAGGGUUAAGAAGUUCCAGUCGUAUAUACUGCCAAAGUUCAUGCCCUCCGUGUUUGGCAACUGGUUCGCGAGCACCUACUCGGACCCCCUGUCGUGGUUCGCCGCCCGACUCGCGUACACCCGCUCCUCAGCCGUUUUCAGUGUCGUGGGCUAUCUGUUAGGUCUGGGCGACAGACACGGGGAGAACAUUCUCAUCGAGGAGGCCAGCGGUGAGACGGUCCACGUCGACCUCAACUGUAUGUUCAAUAAGGGCGAGGACUUCCAGGUGCCCGAGAGGGUGCCAUUCCGGUUGACCCAUAAUAUGGUACAUGCCAUGGGAGUGACCGAGUUUGAGGGCACGUUCCGCAAAGCUUGUGAGCACACCUUACGAGUGGUUAGAGAGAACAAGGAGGCGGUCAUGAACUUUGUGACCCCUUUCCGGUACGACCACUUGAAUGAGUGGAAAGGCAAUGGAGACCUCAGGCAGACGUCCGUUGAGUUUACGAUCGAUACUGCCGAGAAAAUUGUGUUCAACAUUGAGGCCCGACUUAAUGGCAUACCGGCCCGGAAUGAGAAGAACUUACCGAAAGGCGUUCCCCUGUCGGUCGAGGGACAGGUGGACUCCAUUAUCAAAGAAGCGACGGAUGUUAACAAUUUGGGGGUUAUGUACGUCGGGUGGACGGCAUACCUAUAGGACAAACACAGCGUAUUAUCUCGUAUUCAAUCAAAUUGUGUUCAAGUAUUUUGUAUUUAAUUAAUUUGUGUUUAAAUUAUUUUUCUAUGACUUUCAAUGAUUUUGUAACCAUUUUUCUAUUCAGA